UGCACCGAAAAAAUACACUUCAUAUCUAAUUAUGUAUUUGGUAUAUUUUUCAAUUUAAUUACGAUAACACCAUUUAAUUGACAAAUUUAGCCAAUCAAGAACUUUGUCCAGCAAUUCCCCAAUUGCACUCUAAGUUUUAAAAAAUUAAUUGGAUAGGGUUAAGAUAAAUUACAAUCUAACGAGUGUAAUGAUUAAUGGAUGUCUUACAAGAAAAAAGAAAAAAAAAAAAAAAAAAAAAUCGUAAGCAAUAAGUGGAGGGAGCCUUUCAAGCAAUAAUUGCCGCACUUGCCGUCUUAACAACCGUCAAAGUAUUAUUUUUGUAACUUUACACUACAAUUUUUUUAAUAAUUUAUACUUGAAUUUUAAAUUCUAAAAUUUCCCGUUGACAGCAAAAACCAUAAUAUAUAUCCUCUUCAAACUUUUCCAUCGAAGAUUUUCCCUUCUUCCAUAUCCCCUUACACCUUUUCUUUCUCUUUAUAUCCCCUUUCCCUCUAUUUUCUAGCCAAUUUCUGAGAAAGGGUUGCUACCAUACCAUACAACACACGAUUUCGGAAUAAUUUCGGAAUUUUUUUUAUUUUGUGUAAUCUUUUUUAUUCUCGUUACACAAAACAAACUACCCACCAUAUUCAAUUUUUUUUAUUUAGAAUCUUCAUUAUUUCCUUCUCAAACUUUCUUCAUUUAAGUUCUUAUUUCAAUUUCCAAGUCAAUUUAAAAACGUGUACGUUUUUUAAUUUUGGAAACUAAUUGCAUUUAAUUUUCUUACCUUACCUCUUUAAUUAAUGGAUCUGAAUCUAACUUCAUUACCCUCUCUUUCUUCUUCUUCAUUGUUUUUCUCUUCUUUUAUUCAUGACCUUAUAGCAUAAAUUUUUUCAAUUAUUUUGAUUCAAUUUUUGAUGAUAUUUUCUAAUAAAUUUAUCAAUUUUGUACACUACUUUUGAGAGGGUUGGUGAUAAUUAUUUUUUUCUGAAAAUAAUACCCAUUUGCUUAAUUUUUAUUAAUUUUAAGAUUUUGAAGCUGGGGUUUUAAGCAACUAAAUCUAGGGAAUGUUCUUCUUAUCUGUUCGUCAAUCUCAAUAAUAAAAUUUAUCCCUCUUUCAAAAAUCCUCUGUUUUCUUCCUCUGUUUUCGCCUUCUUAAUUGAUGCAGAAUUUAUAGGCCUUUUUUGCAAUUUUCGAUUUCAUCAUAUCCUUGAAUCUUUCCAAGUUAUCUUAUAUCUCCGAUUUAGUAUUACAUAUAAGACCGUCUUAUACAAGCUUUUGUAGAUGGGUUGUGCGAGUUCAAAGCAAUCCAAAUGUCGGCAUUGCAAGACAAAAUAUUCACCAAUGAGUAGAAGAAGUUUUUCUAUGAAUGUACAUCACCCACCAGAAAAGCAAGGGGAUAGCUACCAUAUGGUAGCACUCACAUCCUCCACUUUAGGCUCUAUAAGGCUUGAGAAACCGGUUGAUCUUAGUUUUUCGGCCGGGGCCGAAAGAUGGGAUGAUCAUUUUGAGAGGGAGGAGGUUGAUUUUAGGAAAAAUCAUGAAGAGGGUAUUGAGAAAAAUAAAGAUUUUACAAUGGGUAUGAUUGAGGCAAAAGCUUGGUCUAAAAUGAUUGAUGAAAAAAUUACAAGAGUUGUACCGAAAACCCCAAUUAGGACACCUCCGGGCGAGCCCGAAACGAUCAAUGUUCGUGAAUUAAUGGAAGGUCUUGAAGAUAGUAAUACUAGUCCUCUUAGACUGCUUGGUGAGAAGCAUGUUAGGAGUUUUUCUUUCAAUGUUUCGGUCGAUUCGAUACUGCCUCUUGUCGAUUCUCCUAGAGGGUUACAGAAGAGCAGGAUGGAUUCCCCGAAGAAUGUAAAGGCUUGGUUUGAUGCUCAGGAGAAGGAUGAUAAUAAUGUGAAUUCGAUUUCGAAGGCUUUGGUGUCCGAAUUUGAUCCCGAAGUUAUUUCUGUGUUUAGGAAGGCGCUCGAGGAGUUGUCUCCUACAAACCCUUUUCACCUUAAGGCUCGUGAUGGUGUUCGCGAACAGCAGAAUUUGAUCAAGGAUGAUGGGGGAUUGCAAGUCGCCGACAAUUCGAGUGGAGAUGAUGAUGGUUAUGCUCAUGUUAAUGGCUUUGUGGACAGGAUUAUAGCCGAGGAAAAGGAUGAUAUGUCGAGUUCACCGGAUUGUGUCUAUGUUCAAAGUAAUGGGGAAGAAACUUAUGAUGUAGUUAUCAAUCCUACUAAAGAACGGGUGAUUUUGUACUUCACUAGUUUACGAGGAGUGAGGGGAACAUACGAAAAUUGUUGCUAUGUUCGCCUUAUCCUAAAAGGAUUAGGAGUUCGGGUGGAUGAGAGGGAUGUAUCGAUGCACUCGGGGUUCAAGGAGGAGUUGAAGGAGCUAUUAGGCGAAGGGUUUAAGGGUGGUUUGCCUAAGGUGUUUAUUGGAGAAAGGUACAUUGGUGGAAUUGAUGAAAUACGAAAAAUGCACGAAGAUGGUAAGCUUAAGAAAAUUGUAGCACAUUGUGAAAGGCUAGAAGAUGAUGGUGGUAACCUAGUGGACGUGUGUGAGGCUUGUGGCGAUAUAAGGUUCGUGCCAUGUAAAACGUGCUCGGGUAGUUGUAAAAUCUACUAUGAACACGAAGAAGACGACGAUGAUGAUGAAGAGUAUGAAGAGGAUGAUUAUGGAUUUCAAAGGUGUCCUGAUUGCAAUGAGAACGGGCUCAUUCGAUGCCCAAUUUGUUGCUAUUAAGCUCGACUCGACUUGACUCGAUAUACACAUACGGUAAAGAUGGAUUUACCACUUAUGUUUAUUGCUAAAAAUUUUGUUCACUUUUGUGAGAUCAUUGUUGUACAGUAGGGAGUUUGAUAUAGUAUAAUGUCUAAAGAAAAUGUUUAAUACAAAAUUAAACAUGAAUUAAGAUAAAAUAUGUUGACUAGUGCUUUUAGCAGGGUAUUGCCGUAUUGGUUAUCCCUAGCUAGUCAAAAAGUUUGUGCUUAAUUUGUACAAUUAGAUUAUAAUUAAAGGUUGUAUUUGUAUAAUUGUAUACAACCUGAUAAAAUUACAGUAAUUAACAGUGAAAGAAAAGGGUUUUUAUUUUUCUGAAA